CCGUCGCUGAUACUGACAGCGUCGUCGUGCCCUCCUCCUCCCCCACUUUCUCCCCACCACGACCCCUUUUCUUUCCCUGCACGGGGCCGUGCGUGCGCCCCGCUAACUUGCCCGCCGCCCCGGUCAACUCCACCGGCCGGCGCCCCGAAAGAGGGCAUCACAUGCAGAUGCAGGUCGAGUGCCUCCAGCCAUUGCAGCAGGAAGCAUUCCUUCCUUAAACUAUUAUUCUCUUCCGUGCGACAGUUGUCCCCCCCCUCGGUUUAAAGAAUCCUCGGAGGGGGCCCCCAAUGGCGGUGCAAUGCUUGGCCUCCCCCGACCCCUUGCCGGAUUCGAGGGGCCGCAGCUCGGCGUCGCCUUGUGGGUUUGGUUUUCUUGGCUGGUAGGAUCAGAAUUGGUCGCCGGCUCGCAGGCAGGAGUGGCGAGGGUGGUUGCUGGUGGCUUCUUCUUGGCUGGGGGUUCUGGGAUCCUGGGCGAGGCAGGGUUCGGACUUCGGAGGUUCUUCGAGACUAAGAUUAUUAAGUAAUUGCACUCGGUGUUUCGACUUAAAAAUUAGAAAGAAAAACCUUCCACUGGGUUCGGCGAACAAUGGCAUUCACCGGUGAGGAAAAAAUGAAGGGUUGCCGCCCAAAACUUUUCACGAAGAAGGAGAGGAAAGUUGCUAAGAGCACAGAUAAUCUAAGCUGCCAUGCUGCAGCUAAGCUUGGGCUAAAUUCUUCUAAGGCAGCAUCGCCAUCCCCCUUGAGAACUCUUUCAGAAGUUAAGAGCAUACGACUCAGCCAUUUCCUUGCCCAGUCUUCUAAUAACACAACAACUGAACCCGUCAGGAUAUUUGUCUCCACCUGGAAUGUUGGAGGAAAAACACCUACUGCUGCACUGAACCUUGAUGAUUUUCUUCCCCCUGAUGACCAUUCAGAUAUAUAUGUUUUGGGUUUUCAGGAAAUUGUUCCUCUCAAUGCUGGUAACGUGCUUGUGAUAGAAGACAACGAACCAGCUGCAAGAUGGCUUGUUCUUAUAAACCAAGCACUAAACCGACCAGCCGACACUGAUGCCAACGUCUUUCAGCAUGAGCCAUCUCCCUCUGUUGAUUCUUCUUCCUCUCGAGCUUCGUCAAGCCUCAAUACUUCAUUCUCUGACCUAUCAAAGACAGCUAGUGGUCCCACAAUCUUCCAAAAGUCCUUGCUGAAAUCCAUUAGCAAAUCUUUCAUGCCAGUCCGGAGAAAACAGCUUAAGGCCUGCAACUGCCCAGUAGAAAUUACCAAAACAUCCUACAGGGAUGCUUGCUUUGGAUGUCCAAAAGCAUACGCAUAUGAGACCGAUUCCUCUGAUGAGGAUGAAGAAGAGGAAGUGAAAGACAAAGAGAAACCAAGGGAUUCUUAUGGCCCUGUGUUCGAUGGAGUAACUUCUGCUCCUGCCACAAGGAAUCAACUAAAAUAUAAUCUCAUAGCAUGCAAACAAAUGGUUGGUAUUUUUGUUACUGUGUGGGUGAAGAAAGAACUAGUGCAGCAUAUCGGCCAUCUAAGGAAGUCUUGCAUAGGGCGUGGAGUUCUGGGAUGUCUUGGAAACAAGGGAUGUAUAUCAGUAAGCAUGACACUGCAUCGGACAAGCUUUUGUUUCAUCUGCAGCCAUUUGGCUUCAGGCCAGAAAGAAGGUGAUGAGUUCAGGAGAAACUCGGAUGUUCUAGAGAUACUGAGGCUCACAAUGUUUUCUAGGAUUUGUCGGAGAUCUGGAAGAAAAAUCCCGGAGAAAAUUCUUGAGCAUGAUAAGGUGAUAUGGUUAGGGGAUCUGAACUACCGUAUUGCACUGAGCUACGCAGAUACCAAGAAGCUUUUGAUGGAAAAUAACUGGGAUGCCCUCUUUGAAAAGGACCAGCUUAAAAUUGAACGGGAUGCUGGCCGAGUAUUUAAGGGGUGGAAUGAGGGGAGGAUAUAUUUUGCUCCAACAUACAAGUACUCGUUUAACUCAGAUGCUUAUGCUGGUGAGACUGCAACAUCAAAGAAAAAGAGGAGAACGCCGGCGUGGUGUGAUAGAAUAUUGUGGCGCGGGGAUGGUAUUGUGCAAUUAUCCUACUACCGCGAGGAGUCUAGAUUUUCUGAUCAUCGUCCUGUCUGUGGAACCUUCAUUGUUGAGGUUGAGGUACUAAACAGAAAGACGAAGUGGCACUCAUCAAAUGCUGACAUGAGAAUUGGUGCUGAAGAACUCUUACCCACGGACAAGGGUAAAGGCCCUGCACGGAAUAUGACCUCGCCGAGAAUAUAAUGAGAACAUAUAUAGCUUAUACCAAUACCAGAAAAAGGUGGGAGUUUAAGCACUCAAGGAGGAGGCCUAUUAGGAUGAGGGGUAAACCACAACCAAAACGCCCCUCAUCAUCCAAACAGGCUUAGAGUGUUGGUGUCUUUGCAAAAUGUUUUCAUUUUAAGAACCACAAUGUUUAUUUAACUUGUAUAGGAAAAUUAGGUAUUAUUUCCAACAAAAUGGUUGGUUAUAUAUUCGAUGUCAUGUUCACCACUUGAUCCAUUGCAUAUGUAGCUUUGCAAGAACCUACGCAGUGGCCCUUUUGUAGGUCUCUUCUUCCUUUAGCUUAUCUGGAAGUAUAAUAUAUACUAUAUACUAAAGCGCUCGGAACUUGGCAAGCUCCUAGGAGGCCAGGUACUGUAGUUUCCUGUAGCACAGACACUGACAGGCGGGUCCCG